AUGUCCGUCGCUGACCGCAUCGUCAGCUCCCUAGCUCCGGCCGACAAUAACGCGCAAACGAUUCAGGGGGGCAUCUCGGCUUCGACCCCGGCGGCGGCGGCCUCGUUCGAGGGGGAUAGAUAUGCGGUACAGACGGGAGGACUUUUGCCGGAUAUCAGAACAGUCGCACAAUCUUUUAGACAGGAGGAUAUGAGUUUACAAGACGACUCUUUCGAAGAGGAGGGCCGCCCGCCUUACCUCCACGCCAUGAUUGCUGGAGGUGUCGGAGGUUCGACGGGCGACAUGCUCAUGCACUCCCUGGACACGGUCAAGACGCGGCAACAGGGCGACCCGCACAUACCGCCAAAAUACACGUCUCUGGGCUCGUCAUACUACAAGAUACUACGGCAAGAGGGUGUCCGACGAGGUCUUUACGGCGGAUGGAUACCGGCUUUGGGUGGUUCCCUUCCGGGCACGAUGAUGUUUUUUGGGACGUACGAAUGGAGUAAACGGUUUCUCAUCGACCAUGGUGUGCAACAGCACCUGGCCUACCUCACAGCUGGCUUUCUCGGAGAUUUAGCCGGCUCCAUCGUUUACGUUCCAUCCGAGGUGUUAAAGACCCGCUUGCAGUUGCAAGGACGGUAUAAUAACCCCUAUUUCAAAUCGGGCUACAACUACAGAGGAACCGUUGAUGCGGCGCGGACAAUCGUCCGUCACGAAGGACCGGCUGCGCUCUUCCACGGUUACCAAGCAACACUAGCCCGUGACCUCCCAUUUUCAGCACUUCAGUUUAUGUUUUGGGAGCAAUUUCACGCCUGGGCACGCACCUACAAGCAGAGCAGAGAUGUUGGUGUGCCGCUGGAGCUCCUUACCGGCGGUCUCGCCGGCAGCCUGGCUGGCAUUAUGACAUGUCCUCUGGACGUCGUCAAGACGCGUUUGCAGACGCAGGUGCACCCUGAUCUGUUGCCCAAGGAGAUGAAGCCGGUGGUCAAGGGCGCUGCGCACGCUUCAACGUCAAAAUCUCAGACGCGCAACAUUUCAACGUCUUCACCCUCGACGCAUACCCCGCGACCAGGCGCGGUCAACUUGCAGACCUCGUCCGUCAUCGAAGGUCUCAAAGUCAUUUACCAGACGGAGGGGCUCAGCGGAUGGUUCAGGGGCGUGGGUCCCCGUGGUGUCUGGACUUUUAUUCAGAGCGGCACCAUGCUGUUCUUGUACCAACGCAUUCUCAAGUCAUUAGAGGCUUGGGAUCCACCAGUGGAAGAGCAGGAGCGUGCCAUCUAA